CCGCAACCUGUAAUUCAAUUGACCUCUUAGCCAUGUCAAACAAAGUCUACUUGGGAGUCAUCGGUGUCGGUGGCGUCGGAACUCAUUUCCUCUCUCAGCUGUCCCGUCUACAAAAUGCCCCGUCUCUCGCUCUCCUUGCCCGUUCUUCCCAAACUAUCACUUCACCCACCCCAUCCUACAGCCCCGCAAUCCCUGCCGCGGAUUGGCAAUGUGCCGGUUCCUCUGCAUCGCUCAUCAAAUCCGGUGCCUGGACUCCUGAAGAGAUAGCUACUUACCUCUCGCAAGCACCUGGCCGUGCCGUCCUGGUCGACAAUACCUCUGAUCCCACGCUUGCCAGCGCCUACCCGCUUUUCCUUAGCAAAGGAAUCAGCAUCGUGACCCCUAACAAGAAGGCAUUCUCAUCCUCCUUACAGCUAUGGAAGGAUAUCUUCUCCGCGGCCUCGACGGGAAAUGCCUUCGUCUACCAUGAGAGCACGGUCGGCGCCGGGCUUCCGGUAAUUUCUACCCUACGCGACCUUGUGGCCACAGGUGACCAAGUGACACGCAUCGAGGGCGUCUUCUCAGGCACUUUAUCCUUCCUCUUCAAUCAAUUCGCCCCUGUCUCGCCAUCUUUGUCCUCUCCUCCUCAGAAAUGGAGCCAGGUUGUUGCCCAGGCCAAGGAAUUGGGCUACACUGAACCCGAUCCCCGCGACGACCUCAACGGCAUGGAUGUGGCUCGUAAGCUAACCAUUCUCGCGCGCAUUGCUGGCUUGGAUGUCGAAAGCCCUGAGACUUUCCCCGUUGAGAGUUUGAUCCCAACCGAACUCGCAAGUCUACCCUCUAGCAAUGAGGGAGCAGCCCAGUUCAUGAGCAAACUAAGUGGAUUCGACGAUAAGAUGGAAGAAAUCAAGAACAGCGCUGAAGCCGAAGGCAAGGUUGUACGAUAUGUGGGCAGCAUCGACGUCAUUGGAAAGAAGGUCAAGGUUGGACUUGAGAAAUUUGAUAAGGGAAGCCCGAUUGCUGGCCUGAAGGGAAGUGACAAUAUCAUUAGUUUCUAUACUGAGAGAUAUGGUGAGCAACCUCUUAUUGUCCAGGGUGCCGGUGCCGGCGGUGCUGUAACGGCAAUGGGUGUCUCAGCAGAUUUGAUCAAGGUUCUGGAGCGACUGAGAUAGGCGCCUUGGCCUAUUCAUCUCAACGCCGGCUGGUGGUUUGACCGGGAAGUUUUUAAACUGAAGAUAAAAACCACACCCACUAAAGUAUAGGGAGCGAUAAAGAUCCUGAAGGAAGUUUCUAAUUACCAUUGCGGAGUAUAUAAGUACCAUUACAGAAUCUGUCAUAAUUAAAGUCCCUGAUUGACAAUUGG